UGUUUUUUUGAGAAAUUUAAAAAAAUAUUUGUUAUAUGGCUAUAAAAGGAGAGUUUUAUUUCAUGUUGUGAACAAGUUCUUCUGCUACGAUAGUUCUUCAAUUGAUUGUGAAGGUCAUGGCAAGCAAUUUCCUUCUCCCAUUUAAUGCUAGAAGACUCGAAGGUAAGGUUGCGUUGAUAACCGGAGGCGCUACUAGCAUCGGUGCAUCCAUUGUUAGGACUUUCUGCAAACAUGGAGCUAAAGUAAUAAUCGUCGACAUUCAAGAUGAUCUUGGUCAAUCACUCUCCAAAGAACUCGGUACCGAUAAGGCGAUUUUUGUACAUUGUGAUGUGACAAUAGAAUCUGACAUUGAAAACGCAGUCGAUACUGCGAUUUUUAUUUUCAAAAAACUUGAUAUAAUGGUGAACAACGCUGCGAUUGGAGAUCCUCGUAAACCAAGCAUAGUUGACAAUGACAUAGCAGAUUUUGAGCGAGUUGUUAAGGUGAACCUAAUUGGAGUUUUCUUAGGAACCAAACACGCAGCUCGAGUGAUGAUUCCUGCUCGACAAGGGAGUAUAAUUACACUAGGCAGCGUUUGCUCAAGUGUAGGUGGUGUGGCAUCUCAUGCAUACACUAGUACAAAGCAUGGAGUCGUAGGUCUAGCAAAAAAUGCAGCGGCGGAGCUUGGCCGGUUCGGAAUUAGGGUGAAUUGCUUAUCCCCUUAUUUUAUUGAAACGCCGUUGAGUAUGAAUUUUUUCAAAAUGAAGGAAGAUGGAAAGUCUGGUGUUUAUUCAAAUCUUGAAGGAGUGAAGCUUACAGAAGAAGAUGUAGCACAAGCUGCUAUAUAUUUAGGAAGUGAUGAGUCUAAGUAUGUGAGUGGACAUAAUUUAGCAUUAGAUGGUGGUUUUACUACCAUCAAUCCUGCUUUUGGCUUGUUCUCUAGGUUAUAAGGUCAUAUAGUAUUUUUAUAUAUAUUCUAAUAAAUUGUGACUUGUAAUUAAUAAA